AUUACUUCAACCUUCACAUCUACCUCACGCCAUCCUUCGAUCCCUUCCCCUACAUCAGCAACGCCUUCUUAUUGAUACAAAGGAACCAGCUUAAACAGGAUAGUAGAGAAAGAACCGACAGACGGCAGGAAAGGUACAGGAGUUUACAGGACAUAUCCCACGUACAGCACACUUUUUCAACGCGACCUGCACCAGUCGAACACUACGGCACCACGCUAUGUCGACCGUACCGUCCAUCCUGCGUCCGCCUCAGAAGAAUCGAUCUGAACAAGUUCUCGCUCAGGGAGUACGACAGCACAUCGCUACCUCGUCCUCAGCCUUCGCUCCCUCAAAUGAUGACCCCAUGAAAAUGUUCAAGAUCCUCGAGGCGCUGCAGAAGGGCGAUUUAAACUCAUUGUCGACCCUCCUGCCAACUUACAAGACUGGCCCCGUGUUCCCCAUCCCCAGCACUCCCGGCGGAUCCAUCUCCAGCACUCAUUCGUUCGAGGGUGCGUUUCAGGGAAAUCAGACUACGCCCGUCCACCUGGCGGUUCAGUGCGCACAGUACCCCGUGAUCGAGUAUGUUAUCAACAACACGCCUCAGGUCGAUCUCAAUGCCAGGGACACCCAUGGCUCCACGGCCCUCCACAUCGCCUCCAGCAUGGGCCGUCUCGAUGUCGUCAAAUUACUACUCUCAAAGAGCAGCGUCAACGAUGGUAUUCUAGAUCACAAGGGCAAGAGUGCAGUUGAUGUGUCCGCCACUGCGGAAGUGCGUGUUGUUCUUAAAGCUCACCGCACAGAAUAUCUUACAAAAACAACGGCGUUGAUGCACCAGUAUGCGGAAGCGGGAGACUUAACUAGCCUGAUCAGUCUUUUUGACCAUCCACGGGCAGCCUUUGUGCUCAACAUCAGCCAUCAGGACACAGAGACGGGAUCGACAAUUCUGCACUCUGCAACCAAACGCAAGGACAUGGCUAUGGUGCAGUGGUGUCUAGAUCAGGGCAUCGACACUCUGCUCCGUGACAAGAAGGGCAAGACCGCCGCCGAUGUCUCCAAGGAUACAAAGAUCAAGAGUCUCCUUCGCGAAUCUCGCUCCCAAGGAACGGGAGCACCAUUGAUCCCAACAACUCCUGGACAGCCACCUCGGCUCGAAGGGACCCUCUUCAAGUGGACCAACUAUGCAUCCGGAUACAAAGCAAGGUGGUUUGUGCUGGAAGACGGCAUUCUGUCGUAUUUCCAUAACCAGGAGGAUGCCGGGAACGCCUGCAGAGGAAGUAUCAACUUGCGCAUUGCCAAGGUCUGGAUUGACUCUAACGACAAGCAACGCUUCGACAUCAUCGGCAAAGGCUCUAUCCGCUACCAUCUAAAGGCUGGUCAUGCCAAUGAGGCCAAGCGGUGGAUUUUGGCUCUGACGCAGUCGAAGCAAUGGAUCGAGGAAACUUCUGGAAACAAUCGCCACUCGCUCAUGGAGUCCCGUCAGAGCAUCAAUUUGUCCUCGGCGGAUUUCGCUCGACAGAAAGGAGCGGAUUCGACCCUCAGUCGCGGACGGAGUAUCAUCAAGGACGGAACGAGCAGUUCUAUCGCCCGAUCUCAACGAUCUCGCUCUUCUUCAACCAGCCCAGAGGACAACCAACUCGACGCCAGCGUAGUUCCACAUCUAGAGUCAUUCGUCACGAUGAACAAUUACGUCCAAUCCCAAAUUCAGAUCCAGUCAGAGUUUGCGGAGAAUUUGGUACGUCUGCAGAGGGCGGCCGAGGUUCCGGAGGACUCUGAGGUCAUGAAGCUCACCCAUGCCGCCCACGAGUCCUCGUUGGCCUUGAAGAGCUCGAUUCAGAAACUGCAAGAGAUGGUCCAGGACCGUGAGGCAUACUGGAAGCGGAUCCUUGAGCAGGAGUCCCAGAAGCGCGAGCUCUGGGAGGAGAGCUUGAGGGUGCUAUCAGAAGAGCAGCUGGAGAUGCAAAGGGUAUUGAAGCGCACAGAGGAGAGCAACCAGAAAAUGAAGAAGAACCGAUCUGUCCGCUCCAAGGCUAGUACACCUACCCUACAAGCAAAUGUCACGUUCGGUGCUUCCACCCUGGCUUCAGAUGGAGUUACCCAGAACGCGGGAGCAGCUGUUCAGGAUUCGACACAUGGUACAUCAAAGACAAUUUCUGGUGGAGACCGUCAGGUCGAGAUCGAGGACGAUGAGGACUCGGGUUCAGAUGUAGAAUCCGGAGACGAGUUCUUUGAUGCCGUGGAUGAUGACGAUAUUGUCGAGUUCGAGAACGACGAUGCCGAAGAAGAGCUCACAACCGGUGCCGGUGCAACAUCCCAUACAGCCGAGGAGGGUGCAACCGAAGCAGCGCCAGCAGCAGCAGUAGCGGCGGCGCCAGCACCAUCAGCAGCACAUGCGCAUGAGGCAACCUAUAUUGCGCCUUCGUUCAAAGGAUACCCGGAGAAGGUCCGUGAUCGUCUUCCAACCAAGCAAACCUCUUUGCGUCCCGAUGUGUCUCUCUGGGCGAUUUUAAAGAACUCGAUCGGCAAGGACUUGUCAAAAAUCACACUGCCUGUGUACUUUAACGAGCCGACAUCGAUGUUGCAGCGCAUGGCUGAGGAUGCCGAAUACAUUGAACUGUUAGACAAGGCUGUACGGCAACGAGGAGCGACGGAGCGCAUUCUCUUCAUUGCGGCGUUCGCGAUGAGCAACUACUCAAGCACGAUCGGGCGAGUUGCCAAGCCGUUCAACCCACUCUUGGGCGAGACCUACGAGUACUGUCGCGAGGACAAGCAGUUUCGUUACAUUUCUGAGCAAGUGUCGCAUCACCCACCUAUCAGUGCAUGCUACUGCGACUCUCCUAACUAUAACUUUUAUGCAGAGGUCGACGUCAAGUCCAAGUUCUGGGGCAAGUCCUUCGAAGUCAUGCCCAAGGGAACAUCACACGUCGAGCUGAAGGUCCCCAAGGCAUUUGCGGAGGGACAGCAGGAGCUGUUGGAUGAUCCCGAGGACGAGACCAAGUUCAUCGAGCACUACUCCUGGAAGAAGGUGACGACCUGUGUACAGAACCUGAUCGUGGGCACGCCCUGGAUCGACAACUAUGGAGACAUGAUCAUCACGAACCAUCGCACUGGAGAGACGUGCCAAUUGACGUUCAAGGCACGCGGCUGGAGAGGUAAGGAUGCGUACGAGAUCCGGGGUUUCGCCGCGGACGCUCGGGGUAAGGAGGUUUGGGAAGUUGCGGGACGAUGGAACGAGCGACUGGUGGCCCGUCGUACUGGUAAGGGCAAUGGUGAAGACCUGGGCAGUGACGCUGUUGCAGCUGGUGCUGUGCAUGUGGCCGAGGAUGAGCAAGGUGGUCUGGCCCGCUCAGCAUCUCCGAUGAGCGUCGGAAAGCCAAAGGCGGGCCAUGCGGGAUAUCUUUCACCGAAGCAUGUGCUAUUGCUCUGGAAGCGUGAUCCUGUGCCCUCGACCCCGACGCCGUUCAACUUUACGCCGUUCGCUAUGACACUGAACGACUGUCCUGAGGAACUGAAGAAGCACCUUUGCCCGACGGAUUCGCGUCUUCGUCCUGACCAGCGAGCGAUGGAGAACGCAGAGUUCGAUAUUGCGAACACUGAGAAGCAGCGUUUGGAGGAGAAGCAGCGCGCGAAGCGCAAGCUGCUGCCACCGGGCAAGGAUCAUCAGCCAAGGUGGUUCAAGAGGAAUGCGCAGGAUGAUGGAUGGGAUUUUGUGGGCCGUGAUCCCCCUGGACAGCCAAAGGGUAGUGGCCAGGAGCGCGAUGGUCGUUUCGGUUACUGGGCUGAGCGCCAGAGAUGUGGAGCGACGCCUGAACGUCCUCAGCAACUUAAAUGGGAUGUGGAGGACGAUGAUAUCUUUUAAAGAUGAUGGAUUUCUUAUAUCUUUGACGAUGUUAAUAAACAACAGCGCAAUCUUGCCG